AUGCAAUUUGUUGAAUCUGCAUGUCAUAUUUACUCACAGCCCUCACUAUUACUACUUGGUCGUUCCACAUUUCUUAUCACACUGAUUCUCUCUCGCAUGCAGCGUGUUCUUCAUGUCACUAUUGCUCAUAUCAAGUUCUUUGAUAAACUUGGGUCUAUUAUGCGUCAGUUCCUUCACCAGAAAAUUUUACCCAUGGCUAGUCUAGCCUCUCUCUGUUUUCCUUGGACACAAGACGAAUUGGGUAUAUUAAAUCCUCAAUUCCAAAUUCCAACAAAAGGCCUUUACCAUGCGAUGGUUAAAGCCCUCUAUAUAUCCACCAGCGUGUUGCUCCUUUUUCACUCCACGGAUACAACACAGUCUUCAUCCUGCCCAAACACACGGCGAUAUUCGACCACCUUUGUUGUUUCCACGUCUGCGACACCAUCAUUUUUUGUUCUGUCCACAAUGAAGCCCAUUCCGCGCAACUUCUCUUUUGUCACUUUUUUGUGCUAUAUGCCGCAACCCAUUCAAAGCUCUAACUUGCUUCUUUGCCACUCACCCCACGACAAUGGUGCACCUUUUGGUCAUUUCCUAUCCCUCACUCAUCUGAUAAUAUAUGGUAUCGAACUAUCCUCAAUACCCUCUCAUUCCAAAUCACCCUCUACCACCAUGCCUCUGCACUAUUUGACACUGUAG